ACCAAACCUCUUUAUUCAAUUGCUCUGUUCUUGUCUUAAACAUUUCGAGUUUCGCGUGCGAAAGAAAACUCCUCCACACGACGAAAGAUUACAACUUUCAGAACGAUUCAAGAAUCUCUUUAAAACCCACCUGAUAUUUUAUUGAAUCUCGUGUAAGACAAGGAAGGGUUUUUGCUCCUGGUGCUUUGAUGGGUGCGAGUCACUCUGCUCUUCACAAGGAUCUGUCUUCUUCCUCGUCUUCUUCGUCUUGUUUAGGAGAUCUACCUGAGGAUUGCGUGGCUCAGAUCGUUGAGAAUUUGGACCCCAUCGAGAUCUGCAGACUCUCGAAGCUCAACAGGGCUUUCCGGGGAGCUUCAUGGGCCGAUUUCGUCUGGGAAUCGAAGCUUCCUCCGAACUACGAGGCCUUUCUCGAGAGAAUCCUUGGUGGUUUCCCGGAGAAUCUCCAGAAAAGAGAUAUAUACGCCUGUCUCUGCAGGGUUAACUCAUUCGAUCAAGGCACCAAGAAGGUAUGGAUAGAUAAACGAAGCGGUGGUGUUUGUCUAAGCAUCUCAGCUAAGGGCUUAUCAAUCACAGGGAUUGAUGAUCGUCGAUACUGGAGUCAUAUUCCCACUGAUGAAUCUCGGUUUGCUUCCGUGGCUUACCUUCAACAAACCUGGUGGUUUGAAGUCGACGGUGAGAUUGACUUCCCGUUCCCGGCAGGAACCUACAGUAUCUUCUUCAGGGUGCAGCUAGGACAGUCUGGCAAGUGGUUUGGUCGACGGGUCUGUAAUACAGAACAAGUCCAUGGUUGGGACAUUAAACCGGUUCGGUUUCAGCUCUGGACUGAAGAUGGUCAAUACUCCUCUUCUCAAUGCAUGUUAACCGAGCGGGCGAGGUGGAACCACUACCACGGUGGAGAUUUUGUUGUCCGGGAAUCAAGAAGGUCGUCGACGAAGAUAAAAUUUUCGAUGACGCAGAUCGAUUGUACACAUACCAAAGGCGGGUUGUCACUAGACUCUGUAAUCGUAUACCCGAGCUCGUGUAAAGACCGGUUGAACCGGAGUCCGGUUUAGUCAGAGGUCAAAGCUGUAUACGGUCUUUAGCCUUUUGUAGACGUAGUAACAUACUAGCUAUCAUCAGCCUUUAGAGAAAUGAAUGUGGCUCGUCCUCUUCCUAGUACUCUUGUUGAUUUUCAGUAGAUUGUUUAGUGGGAUUAUUGUCAAAACAAAACACUAUGGUCUUGUGUUAGACUUACCUCUGCAAGCAAAUGGGAUUUUGCACAUAA